ACACUCACUCACUCACUCACUCACUCACAGCCCUCAGUCCCCGGUAUCCGCACUCCGCGCUGAUGGUGGACUCGGGAGGAGCGGCGCUGAUGUUGUUGGUCCUCACCCUCGGGCUGCUCCCUCAGGUGCCAGUAAAGGCAACUGGACAUGCCACGUGCAAGACUGGAUUUUCGGAAGACAUUUACGAUGCAGUUGUUUCAAGGAGCAUUCAUGAAGGGCAGCCUCUUUUAAAUGUGGGAUUUAACGACUGCUCCGGAGGUGCGACCGUACAGUAUGAAACGAACGACCCGAAUAUCGGGGUACACCCUGACGGCUCGGUAUAUGCGGCGCAAAGCGUCCACGUGUCGGGGAAGCAGGCGAAGUUUGUGAUCACCGCACGACGACCACAGACUCGGGAACAAUGGCAAGCUGCCGUGAAGCUAACUGUGAGGCAGGAGCGAGACGCCCAGCAUCCUGUUCAGAAGAGCUGGAAGAGUAGCGAUGGUGGUGGAGCUUUGUUUCAGCAAGUGCCCGACAUUGUGUUUCCAAUGGCCCCGCCUGAGUCGCAGAAUCAGCUCAAGAGGCAGAAGAGAGACUGGGUCAUCCCUCCAAUUAACGUGCCCGAAAAUUUCAGAGGUCCCUUCCCGCAGGAGUUAGUCAGGAUCCGAUCAGAUCGCGAUAAAAACCGCUCGUUACGCUACAGUGUUACUGGACCAGGAGCCGACCAGCCACCAACUGGGAUUUUUAACAUCAGUCCCGUCUCCGGCCAGCUGGCCGUCCUUAAACCUUUGGAUCGGGAAGAAAUUGCUUCUUAUCAUCUGAGGGCCCAUGCUGUGGACCUGAAUGGAAAUCAAGUGGAGAAUCCCAUCGACAUCGUCAUAAACGUCAUCGAUAUGAAUGAUAACCGGCCUGAGUUUUUGCAUCCAAUUUGGAAUGGGUCUGUUCCUGAAGGGUCGAAGCCAGGAACCUAUGUCAUGACUGUAACUUCUGUUGACGCUGAUGAUCCUCAUUCGUCCAACGGCAUAUUGCGAUACAAGAUCCUCUCCCAGACACCAAGCAGCCCGUCCUCAAACAUGUUCACCAUCAAUAAUGAGACCGGAGCUAUCGUCACAGUGGCAGCCGGGCUAGACAGAGAGAAAGUUCCACGGUACACUUUAAUAAUACAAGCUACCGACAUGGAGGGAAGCCCAACAUACGGCUUGUCUAACACUGCGACUGCUGUCAUUACGGUAAUAGAUGUCAACGACAACCCACCAGAGUUUACCUCUGUAACAUUCUAUGGAGAAGUCCCAGAAAAUAGGAUCAAUAUUGUUCUGGCAAACCUGACAGUGACUGAUAAGGAUCAUCCCCACAGUCGAGCUUGGAAUGCGGUCUAUAAAAUUACUGGUGGGGAUCCUACUGGUCGUUUUGGCGUGCCCACUGAUCCCGUUAGCAAUGAUGGUCUGGUGACGGUUGUCAAGCCUAUUGAUUAUGAAAUGAACAGGGCCUUUGUGCUGACGGUGAUUGCAGAAAACCAGGUUCCUCUGACGACGGGUAUUCAGCUUCCUCCUCAGUCAACAGCCACAGUCUCCAUCACGGUCAUUGAUGUGAAUGAGAGCCCGUAUUUUAUACCAAACCCUAAACUCAUCAGACAGGAAGAGGGGCUUCCCGCAGACAAACAGUUAACAGUGUUCACGGCUCAGGAUCCGGAUCGUUACAUGCACCAGACUCUAAGGUAUUCGAAACUCUCAGAUCCUGCAAACUGGCUCAGUAUCGAUUCAAUCCAUGGCCACAUCACCACGAUCGCCACCCUGGACCGCGAGUCUCCCUAUGUUAAUAAUAACAUGUACAAUGCCACUUUCCUGGCAUCAGACAAUGGUAUCCCUCCUGCAAGUGGAACAGGCACACUGCAGAUCUACCUGCUGGACAUCAAUGACAAUGCCCCAGUGGUAUCCCCUCAAGAGGCUUCGAUCUGUGAGAGGCCAUAUCCUAGUGUCAUCAACAUCACGGCUGUAGAUGAAGACAUUGAUCCAAAUGCUGGGCCCUUCGCCUUUGAGUUACCCAACAGACCAGUACACGUGAAGAAGAACUGGACCAUAACUCGCCUGAGCGGAGAUUAUGCACAGCUGAACCUCAAAAUCGGGAUUGACAACGGUAUCUAUGAGAUUCCUAUAAUAAUCACCGACUCUGGAAAUCCUCCCAUGUCAAACACCUCUGUUCUUCUGGUGAAGGUUUGUCCUUGUGAUGAAAAUGGGGACUGCACUUCCAUUGAAGCUAUAGUUGCUGCUGGAUUAGGAACAGGAGCCAUUAUUGCCAUCCUCCUCUGCUUCAUCAUCUUACUAAUCCUGGUUUUGCUCUUUGUUAUCUGGAUGAAGCGACGAGACAAAGAACGACAAGCGAAGCAGCUGUUGAUCGAUCCCGAGGAUGACGUGAGGGAUAACAUACUGAAGUACGAUGAGGAAGGAGGCGGAGAAGAGGAUCAGGACUAUGACCUGAGCCAGCUCCAGCAGCCAGAUGCCAUGGAACCCGAUGCUAUAAAACCCAUCGGAAUCAGACGUGUUGACGAACGGCCAAUCCACGCUGAGCCUCAGUAUCCUGUCCGAUCUGCUGCUCCUCACCCCGGCGACAUCGGGGACUUCAUUAAUGAGGGACUCAAGGCAGCAGACAACGACCCCACAGCACCUCCUUACGAUUCGCUUCUGGUCUUCGAUUACGAGGGCAGUGGGUCCACAGCGGGUUCGUUGAGCUCCCUCAACUCCUCCAGCUCCGGUGGCGACCAGGACUAUGACUAUCUGAACGACUGGGGGCCACGAUUCAAGAAGCUAGCGGACAUGUACGGAGGGGGCAGCGACUGUUAAGACAUCGGACGGAACAACUCGAGUGGAAUCGUUGCAGACAAAGAUAUAACUUCCUAUAAACCGAUAUUCCCAGCAGCAGCGAAAAAAAAAAGCUAGGCUUUUACUUUGUAGUCAACUGGCACAAACGCUUUUGGAAGCUUCGGUCAUAGGCUGCAAACUGUUUUUGGCUCGGUGGGAUUAUCGGUACACACUGACACUGUUUUAGAAAAUUGGUUU